AUGAGUCCCCCGUCGCCGGACGCGUUAUACCAUCCUAUACCUCAGGCGCCUGUUGCGGCGAACCCUGUACCGCCCUCGGAUCCGCGGCUUGACAGCGCGGAUGCUGACGAAACAGACGACAUCCUGCCAGGAGAGGACCAUGAACGACGACCUGUGGUGGUUGACACGAAGCUAUGGUGGAUCAACUGCUUACUAGGAUGUGCGGUACUGCUACCUUGGAAUGCCAUCAUCACCGCGACACCGUAUUUCUUGUCGCGGUUAGAGGGAUCACCUCUGCAGAAGACGUUUAGUUCUUACCUGUCCACAUCCUUCACCGCGUCCAACUUCUUUUUCCUCGCAUGUGCGACCGCAAGGUCAAAGAGGAUCUUCGUCACCCUCAUCGGCCUCGCAAUCAUGUCGGCCCUACUGAGCAUCAGCACCUUCAUCCGCAUCUCCCCCGGCCUCUUCUUUGCCUGCGUCCUCAUCAACGCAAUCAUCCAAGCCGGCCUCGGCUCCUUCAUGCAGACCUCCGCCAUCGCAGUCGCCUCCCUCUUCGGUCCCCCGGCCGUACAGGCGAUGAUGGCAGGCCAGGCAGCCGUCGCGGUCGCCAUCAGUUUGGUCCAAGUCGUCAGCGCCACCCUUUCUGUGUGGGCACAUAGGGACUCCGUGACGACGUAUGAAAGCGAUGGCUCGGCGGAAGCGCGCUCUGCUUUUGUCUUUUUCACAUUGUCUUCCUUGUACUUGCUGCUGGUAGCUGGUGCUCACGCCUGGAUGGUUGCGCAGCCGGUGUAUCGCUCUGUGACCGCCGCACUGGAGCCGGCUCGCAAGUCUGACGGCGGCGCCGACGAGAGGCGUGCCCUCGUGUCCAGCGGGCCUUCAGGCCAAUCCGCCACCGCACAAAUCUGGCGCGUCGCGAAGCGCAAUGCGCUAUACGAGAUAGCCGUCUCAUAUGUCUUCGCUGUGACUCUGUCUGUCUUCCCGCCCAUCACCAUCUCCGUACAGCCCGUCAACCCGUCCUUCCACCCUCUCCUCUUCAGCGCCGUGCACUUCCUCGUCUUCGGCCUCGGUGACCUUGCCGGCCGCUACCUCCUCUCCUUCCCCCGCCUCAUCAUCUGGGACGCGCGCCGCCUGCUCACGCUCUCCCUCGCGCGCACACUCUUCAUCCCCCUCUUCUUGCUCUGCAACAUUCAAACCCCCUCUUCCAUCUUGCUGCCCUCUGCGCCCUUGAUCAACUCGGACUUCCUCUUCAUGCUGCUGUUGUUCUUGUUUGCGCUGUCGAACGGCUUCGUGUCGAGCGGGUGCAUGAUGGCGGCGCCGUCGCUGGAGCAUAAUCCACGGUUGAGGGGGCGGAAGGAGGAUGUGGAUGUGGCGGCGACGGUGGCGAGCUUCUGUCUGGUGGGUGGGUUGGCGAUGGGGAGCAUUGCGAGCUUUGUGGUGAGGGGGGCGAUCUGUCAGUGCAAUCCGUUUAGGGAGUGA